AUGAAGGCCUCGAGCGCUAUUCUUGUUCUCUUCUCUGGGCUGGCUGUAGCCUCCCCAUUGAUCAACACCCGAGAGAACAUUGACGACGCAAAGGCAGCGCUCGGCGACCUACAAGACUUUGUCGAGAAGAGCAAAGCUUCGACUGAGGAGUCUCUAAAGGACCAGGCGGACCGACAGGCUGUGUGGACGGGCAGGGUCAACCAGGAGCAAGCCUUGAUCAAGCAAUUGGUGGACCUCCAUAAAGAGUCCGUCCAGGCCGCAGCUGACGCACCUGCUAGGUUGGAAGCAUAG